GUCAGUGGCAGGUCCUCUACGACCUAGGCCUCCAGAAGUUAAUUGAUAGCAAACGCUGAUGAAGGUGAAUGAAAGAUGUCAGUGCUCGAUUUUGGCACUUCAUUUCUUCUGUGUGAUGAGGAGGAGGAAGAGGAGGAAGUGGAGGAGGGCUCUUGCGAGGAAAUGGCAGACGACUAUGAUGAUGACUAUGGUGAUCAUGAGGUGGAUGAUGAUGAUGAUGAUGAUGAUGAUGAAGAGAAGGGGGGAGAUGACGAAGAGCAACAUGGCGCUCUGAUAACAGACAUGGGAGAUGAAGGGAACGGGCACGAGCAGCUGGGUAGAAAAAUACUAGCAUCAGACGUGGACGACGACAGCCUAGAAGAGAACAUGGUGAAGGAGGUGGAUGGACAAUCAGGGGAACGGAGAAACAUAAAAGAGGAAGUAGACGUGGAGGUAGAAGAUCAAGGUGAGGAUGAUGAUGAUGAGGAGGAGGCUGAAGGAGAAGAGGAGGACGAAGAAGUGAAGAGGGUGUUUUGCUUCCAAAGACAGUUGAGGGGCAGGAUGAGGGACCAGGCAGUGGUGGGGAAGAGCCAAGGAGGGAAGGUGGAUGGAAGCGGAGUACUACUAGUAGCACGGCAAGUGCCGGCAGAGAAAACCGACAUGAUGCUCGAUACCUUGGUGAACACGCAUAUGAAUGAAGGCUUGAAUGGGGGUCCAGUGAAUGUGAUUGGCCCAGAACUCGGGUACCCCGCUGCCCAGUCCUACGGGGCCCAGCAGGAGAGCCUUUUCCCGGGGAGUACGCAGCCCCAGGUGGGCCUGGCCUCCUCCCAGGCCCUGGAGGUGAGCACAGAGUUGCCCCCCAUGCAGCAGACGCUCGCACCGGCCACGGAGCUGCCACCAUACAGGCCCGGGCCCAGGAAGAAGACCCGUACGCUCUACAAAGCAGAGCAAGUGCAGAGGUUGGAGCAGUUGUUUCAGGAUGACCAUUAUCCAGACGCCGACAGGAGAAGGGACAUUGCUGCGUCGGUUGGUGUCACACCGCAAAGGAUCAUGGUGUGGUUUCAGAAUCGGCGUGCCAAGUGGAGGAAGGUCGGCAAGGGCCAAAUGAAGAUGGUCAAAAGCAGAGCAGCCUACCUCCAUGGAACAGUCCCAUCGGUCCUGCCUCAUCAUCAACAUCCCGCCCCCACUCCUACCCUGCAGCAGUCGCAUCCACAUCCGCAUCCCCAGGCCCAGGUCCAGCCCCCAGCUCACCCCCAGCCACAGCACAACAUGCAGACCCAGCAGCUCCCACCAUACAGCUCGCUCAUUGGCAGCUUGACUGGACAUGCAGCUCUCAUCGGCCAUCUGUACGUGUCGAAUGAGGGGGGUCCCCGCCCAAUGCAGAGCCCCCCUCCUCUACGCAGGGCAUCGCUCUCCCUCUCCCUAGACCCCAACCAACACCUCAUCAACAUGCCCACUGUCGACAGCUGGAGCACCUACACUGACGUCUCCUCUCUGAAGAUGGAGGCUGUGAACCAGAUCACCUAUGUGCCAGUGUCCAACGCUGUGCAAUACCCUGCCAAGGCUCUGACGCACUCCCAGCAGCAGCUGUUGCACACCAACAGCAUUAACCAGCAGCAGUAUGUACCUGCCAACGUCACCUACCUCACCACCAACAGCAACAAUAACAAUAACAACAAUGGCCUGUCCUACACCGCCUCCAACCAUACCCAUAACCGCAACCUCAACCUGACCCUCAACCCGGGCACCUCCAGCCAGCUGGCCCAGCAGCCUGGUGGCAGCAGCCUGGGGACUGGGUGUCCCCAACCCACCAGCCAGCUCUACCAGGUGCAGUCCCGUGUGUGUUCCAGUGAGCUGUCCUCUGCUCCUCAGACUGCGGUGUUCCAACCGGCCCCUGCCCGUCUCAGCUUACACCCCCUCCAGCAUCAGGCACCCCAGUACCACCCCUCACCCUCCCCUCACACACUCACACACACGCCCACAGCCACAGUCACACACACACCCGCGCACACACAUCUGCACACCAACAGCACCUUCUUCCCCUACCACUUUGCCCUCACCAAAGAUGCCAUUGUUGCUGCUGGCAACCCCAUGGCCACGGCGUCGUCCAUGGCGAUGCAGGCUGAGCCCCCUCAGAGUCAGCCAAUCAGCAACAGGAGGGAGAUUGCCGACGCGGUUACGCACCAGUCCGACAUGCACAUCCACGCACACGCGUCCUCCUCUGACAUGGCCUACCACUGUAGCUACUCCCCCAUCAUACUGUAAGCUCAGCAGAAAGUGUUGGUCAGUCAGAGUCCAGAUGUCCAUGCCCAAAGAGUCUGACUACAUAAGCUGGGCUAGACGAGAAGGAAAUAUAAUUUAUAAGUGUUUAGUUUAUUUGUUGUUGUUUUUUUUCUAUCUACUCUGUGAUUCUGCCAAUCACUUGCUUGGCACUUGAUUAAGUUUUGAGUUGCUGUUGUGUGAAGAAGACACAUAUGUGAGUUGUUGUUUAAUUUUGUUUGCUGAAAAAGAAACAAAACGAUGUGAAUGUUGAAAAGAUGCCAAGCUGUAUUAAAUUUGUAAUUAUUACUAUGA